UUCCGCUGAAGAUAAGAGGGUUCUAUACAGUUCCUUACAUUGCCUGGGCUGAACGUGUGCAAGACUCAGUCUCCUAAUUUUUAGUUCAUUUUCAACGUUUGUUAGGAAAUUUAAACUAUUUCCAGUAGUCGAAAAAUCACGGGAUGGAUUACUUACAGACCCUUUUUUCGCUGCCGCCCCUGCUGUACGCAUUCCUUCUGGUUGGAUCCCUGUGCUUGGUGUUCAACUACUUGGUCUACUCGCGGCGCGUGGCCCAGUGGCGCAAGUCGAACAUCCCUUUCCUGAGCCCGAGUUUCCUCAUCGGGCACAAGUACUUCUGGGGCGUCGGGAGCAACUCCGCAACUGUCGUCCCCCUCGAUCGCAUCUACCAGGAGAAUAAAGACAAAGACCUCGUUGCCUUCUUCAUCGUCACCAUGCCUGUCGUUCUGCUUCGGAAACCGGCACUUAUUAAGCAGAUAUUCGCGAAAAACUUCGACAAAGCAUUCAAAACUGGGUUUGCGGCGCCCCACAACAAUAAGAUUUUAGAGCUCAUGUUGGGCCAAUCGCCUUUCAAAAGCGUCUGGAAAGCCCAGCGGAGCGCGCUUUCGCCCAUGUUUGCGACGGCGAGGUUUGGUGGUGAGGAAUUCGCCAAGAUCAGGAACCAGAUCGCCCACAUGUCGACCCACGUUGAGACAGCGCGCCUCCAAGGGAGGCCUAUCGACAUCAAAAAGGUGGCAAUGAAAUUUGUCUUGGACAGCAUUUCCAACAGCUUUCUCGAUUCGGACGACAACUCAUAUGAAAAGGAAGGAGAACUAUUUAAAUUCGUGAAGAAUUUUGUCGAGCCAGGAUGGAACAAACUGCUGCGCGCAUUUGCCCAGAUGCACCUCCAAGGAAUACCAGCUUUGGAGUCGUUUCAGUUCAUCACUCAAAAUCAUAUUGAAACUUUAAAGAGUUUGCUCCAGAAGCAGAUAAAGCAGAGAAGUCAGACUGGCGACAAUAAAAAUGACCUUAUCGACCUACUCAUCAGGCUCAAAGAACAAGACCAAGACGAGAAACUGGAUUCAGAGAUGGACAUCACAAAUGAAAUGAUGGGUCUUGGAUUAUCCUUUCUGCUGGGUGGUUUAUGUGUUGGCAUGGCGUCAGUUGACAGUUUGGUGAGUUUUACCAUCCACUUGUUAUCUCUCCACCCGGAAUAUCAGAAGCGAAUAAGACAAGAGGUGGAGGAGGUCAUGGAAAAUCACAACGCUACAGAAGUCACUUACGAGGUUGCUCGGGAUCUGCACUUCCUCGACCAAUGUCUACGCGAAACGGCACGUUUGUACCCGAAUACAUCAGCACUAACGAGAGAGUGCACGGAAGACUUUACGCCGGCCGGCACCGACUACCAUUUUAAGAAAGGCGAGCUUAUUAUUGUCGACUCUUACUCCAUCCACCGCGAUCCGGAAUACUUUGAGAAUCCGGACAAGUUCGAUCCGGACCGCUUCAACCCGGAAAAUAGAGAUAGUAAAUCGGUUGAUGCUUUUCUUGGCUUCGGAAAAGGACCCCGAAAAUGUCCAGGUAGCAAUGUUGGUCUCCUGCUAGCGUCGACUCUGAUUGGUUCUCUGGUGCACAAGUACGAGGUGAGACCACGCUCUCACACGAAGCAAAUGGAUGCUUACGAUCUCCAUCCCCAGAGUUUCGGCAUCGUCCAUAAAGAUGACGUCCUCGUUGACGUCGUGCCCCGAGAGGUUCUCGCUUAUUGAUUACUGAUCAAUCACGAAUAAUAACAACCUAUUGCCGAUGUAUUUUAGGACGCCUUGAAACAAUGGUGAUUCUCGCAGGUUAGCAACAAUGCACUUCUUCCAUUUAAAUCCACUAUAAAAAAUCGAUGGAAUAGGUGAUCUGCCAAGCCAACCAUCGAUUGUUUCAGGUGUAUAAUUGAACGUAUUUCUAUCAAACGGAACCAUGUGCUUUGAGCCAUGAGCCGUAAGACCCGUAAGAAUAUAUGCUGAACAGGGCUCACGUCAUAAUGCACAUAGUUCCGUUUGAUAGAAAUACGUCCAAUUAUGGGAGGAAGUCAGUGCUGUAAACUUGCGAGAUUGCCACUGCAAACAUGUGUAAAAAAUUCUAAACUAAUAAUGUACAGGAAAUAUAAUGUCACAAAUAAUAAACUAUUCUUUUAAUUAA